AUGUCCACCCCACCUUUCACCGUUCGAGCGGUCUUCGAGUACAGUUCGGGCCACGAUGACGACCUUAGCUUCCCAAUCGGCCAAAUCGUAACCGUCACCGCCGAGGAGGAUGCGGAGUGGUACUACGGAGUGUACACGGACGGCUCGGGGGCCAAGCAAGAGGGCAUUUUCCCUAAGAACUUUGUCGAGAAAUAUGAGCCGCCGGCGCCUCCCCGACCCGCACGACCUACCAGGCAGAAGAAGGAACCGGAACCAACACCUAUGGAACCAACUCCAGCUGUGACGGAGAGCCCAAUUCAACCAGAACCGGAGGUUCCCGCACAGGCUCAAGAGGAGGAGGAGGAGGAAGAGCCAGAGCCAGCUCCUCAGCAACCUCCAGCUCCUCAAUCUCCAGUCCUACCCUCAAGUCCACGUGUUGCUGAAUUCCAGCCCUCUCCUCCCCAGCCUGUUCCUGCCCCAGUUCCCGUCCCCGCUGCUGUGCCGGCGGCUGCUCCAGCCCCGCCUCCAACCAAGGCAUCUUCAAAGCCCCCACCCCCGGCGGUGGCGGAGAAGCCCUCAGGUAACUCGUUCAAGGAUCGCAUUGCUGCUUUUAACAAAUCUGCAGCUGCACCGCUCGCUCCCAUUAAGCCCAGUGGUCACCAUCCGUCUUCCUUUGUCAAGAAGCAGUUCGUUGCUCCGCCUCCAAGCAAAGACUUCUACGUGGCUCCUCCAAGUCAGCCUGCAGCCAAGAUUUACAAGCGAGAGGAAGACCCGGAGGUUAAGGAACAGCUUGCUCGUGAACCACCUGUUUCGGAGAGUCGGCCGCCGCCUCCACCCCCAGUGCAGGAGUCCGGAGAGGGUGCCGAGGAUCAGCCCAAACCCACCAGCCUCAAGGAUCGCAUUGCUCUUCUUCAAAAGCAACAACUUGAACAAGCCCAGCGUCACGCUGAGGCUGCUCAGAAGAAGGAGAAGCCCAGGCCUCCAAAGAAACCCGUUGAGCAACCUGUAGAGCCGAUCCCAGCUGAUGAUGAACUGGAAGAGGAGCAAGAGGCCUCUCCCAUAGAUGCACCAACUACUGCUCGAGAUGCCAGUGUUGAUACAUUGAGAGCCAGAGCUCCUCCUACUUUACCUCCUCCGUUCUCCCCUCAAGAGGAGAUCGCCAGUGAAUCAAACGAUGCCGACUACUCCGCCGCGGCAGACUCUGAGGAUGCUGGAGAGACAUCUGCAAGCAAAGAUGAUGAGGAAGAGCGUCCACGUCACGUACCACCUCCGCCAGCUCGCACGGUUGAACAGGGGGACGAGCCAGAGGAAGCUGAAGAAGAGGAGGCAGCAGAAGAGGAAGAAGAAAUGGACCCCGAAACCAGACGCAGGAUGGAACUUCGCGAGAGAAUGGCAAAGAUGAGUGGCGGUAUGGGUAUGAUGGGACUUUUCGGUCCUCCGGGUGGUUUGCCCGGCAUGGGUGGCCCUGCACGCAAGCCCAAGACUCCUGGCGAGUCCGAGAAGAGGCUUGCUGAAGCUGAUCCGAUAAGCCCGAACAAUGCGGCUCCGAUUCAAAUGAUUCCCCUUCCUGGCAUGAACGUGAGCAGCAAACCGGCUCCCCCAGUUGAUGUUGAAAAGGAAGAAGAGGAGCCUGUUGUGCCUGCUGUCACUGAACAGCAUGGUCCACAAGAGGUUCCCGAUGUUGAAGAGGUUGUUACUGAGGCUGCUCCUCCACGUUCAUCAUUCGACCGUCCUCCUGUUCCUCCCACUCGUGAACGAGCGGCUCCGUCCUUCCCCCCUAGAAGCUCGACCAGUGCCCACGGAGCAAAUGGGUUCUCCUCCUCCAGUCCCUGGUGUGUACGGUCAGGUCGUCCUGCUCCUCCUCCGCCCAGGCCAUCGGGUAUUGAGGAGGGCAAUGAAUCCGAUGAUGAAUUAUCCAUUCAUGCAAAGAAUUUGUCUUUGGGAUCCCCUAAAGAGGUGUCUGCCCCUGCAAUCCCCGAUUACCUGGAUUCUCGCCGUUCAUCAACCUAUGACACCCCACCUCCCAUGCCUCCUACGUCGACUGCUGAAAAGAGAGCCAGUCGUGCACCGCCCCCAAUUCCAAUGAAUCCACCCAUGCCGCCGGCGCAGAGCCGUGCUCCUCCUCCACCACCUCCAAGCCAGCCACGUCGACGUUCCACUGCUGAUAGCCGCAGCAGUGCUAUUGCUGCUCCUCGUCAAGCUGGUGAGGAUGUUGAAGGAGAGGUCACUGAGUACGAUGGUGAUUACGACACUGAUAUUGCGUCUGGUGUCAAGCACAAGGAUGCUCUGAGAUCACACGAACUCCUCUUGAAUCACGCCCCCCCUCAGCUUCUUCCUCCUACUGCCGCUCCCAGAGGAGCUCCGCCGCUACCCCCAAGCCAACCUCCUCGUAAUGCCCGCGCUUCUAUGGAUACUCCUCGGGGUCCCCCUCCACCACCUCCAGGCAGAGAGCCGUCGACUGAUGAAUAUGCUGACGAGUAUGAUCCAUUUAACUAUGCUGAUCCUCGUCAUGGUAUGCCUACCCCUCCGCCUCCUCCCAGUGGACGGCCUGAAGCACCUCCUCCGCUCCCUCCCACUGAGAGCUAUGAUGAUUUGUACGAUGAGUCCCCUAUUCAAAGCCCAUUGAACGAGGCACCCCCUGUACCCAAGCACGAGAAACGUCCAUCUCUGGUGGCGCCACUACCUCAAAGCCAGGUUCCGCCUAUGCCAUCUCCCUCUGCAGCGCGCAGUGGGCGUCCAUCUAUGGACAUGGCGAGAGGCCCUGCUAAUGUCCGGCGAUCCAUGGAUGUCUCUCGACCUUCCAUCGACCAAGGGUACAUUGCCAUUGAUGUGGAUUUCGCCGAGCACACUCUUUGGUGGACUCAACCCAAUACCUUGCCACCGUCUCUUCAAGGCCGUAAAGAUGUUCUUUUCGAAGUUGAGGAAUCUUCCUCCAGCAAGCGAGGCGGAAAGACUACCAUAUCCAAGGAUAUCUAUAUUUUAUUCAUCGAUUAUUCCCAAACCGUUAUAGCAGUCCAGUUCGAUUCCAGGAACCCUGCGGAUGUCUCUUUGGAACAGCGCCAUGAGCCUCCUCCACUUCAGCCUCGCCAGGAUCAAUUGGAACAGGCGCAUAAUCAAAUCGGUACUCGGAUUGCAGAAUCAGUGACCUCCUUCCAAAACUCCACCGUUGGAGAUGGAACUCCCUUGACUCUUAUUCAGCAGCUACUGAACCCUCUGAACGAUGCAUUGCUCCCUGUGGGCAACCGAGCAUAUGGUGCUUUGGUUUACUCUAACCUAGCCAAUGCCUCGGUCUCGCAGAAUGACGAGAUUCGCGCUGGUGACAUUGUGAGCUUCCGCAACGCUCGAUUCCAAGGUCAUCGUGGUACUAUGCAUCAGAAGUACAGUUCUGAGGUGGGCAAGCCUGACCACGUUGGUAUUGUUGUGGAUUGGGAUGGUACCAAGAAGAAGAUUCGCGCCUGGGAGCAGGGUCGUGAAAGCAAGAAGGUCAAGAUGGAGAGCUUCAAGCUGAAUGACAUGCGCAGUGGCGAGUGCAAGGUCUGGCGAGUUAUGCCACGCAGCUGGGUCGGUUGGGAAAGUACCAAAUAA